UUUGUGUUUUCCCAUUCGUGAUAAAGAGAGAAUAAAUGCUCGACUUUCGAUCGAAUCUAUCGUAAUUUAUUGUGAAUCUAGUCAGAGUUUGUGCGAAGCUAAAAUAAUCCGAGCUGCGAUCUUGACAGAAAAAAAGUUACCUGAACGAAUCGUUUAUUCUGGAUCAUCCAAUUUCAAACAGGAAAUUAUAAUUAUCGAUCAUUUUCGCUGAAAGUUCUGCUCGCGUUCUGUGAAAUUUCAACGAUCAUGAAAAUUGCUGUGAUCGGUGCCGGAGCCGCAGGACUCGCUGCGCUUCGUCAAUGCAUUUCCGGUACUUACAACGACCAAGUAGUAUGCUACGAGAAAACGGAUCAAAUCGGCGGGACUUGGGUCUAUCGAGAGGAAACUGGUUCCGAUAGAUACGGUUUACCGAUUCACACUAGCAUGUACAAUAGCCUCAGGACUAAUCUGCCGAAGGAAGUAAUGGGCUAUCCGGAUUUUCCGAUAUCGGAAAGACCCGAGAGCUACUUGUCGCGCACAGAGAUACUGGAUUUUCUAAACGCAUAUUGCGAUCACUUUGCGCUACGUCCUUACAUUCGGCUGCUGCAUCAUGUAGAACUGGUGGAACCGGCCGUAGGGGAUCGGAAGUGGUCGGUCAAGGUCAGGGAUUUGCAGAGGGACGCGAUCGUGACCGAGGCGUUUGACGCAAUCAUGGUGUGCAACGGUCAUUAUUUCGAGCCCAGGAUCCCGAAGAUAUCUGGUCACGAUGUUUUUGCAGGCAAGCAGAUGCACAGCCACGAUUACCGGGUCCCCGAGAUCUUCGACGGCAAGACUGUCGUCGUUUUGGGAGCUGGUCCUUCCGGUAUGGAUUUGGCGUUGGAAAUAUCCAAGAACGCGAAUCGCGUAAUUCUGAGUCAUCACUUGACCGAGACCAUACUCACCGUGUUCCCCAAGAAUGUCGUACAGAAAGCUGAUGUGGUGCAACUGACGGAGCACGAGGCGGUUUUUGCGGACGAUACGAAGGAGCAGAUCGAUAUCGUCUUCUAUUGUACAGGGUAUAAAUACAGUUUUCCUUUCCUCGCCGAAUCUUGCGGAGUGCGGACGGAUUCCAACAUGGUCACACCCCUUUGGAAGCAUCUGGUGUCCAUAGAAAACCCGACCCUGGCACUGGUGGGUCUUCCGUUCUAUGUCUGCGCCUUCAGUAUGUUUGACUUGCAGGUGCGAUUCGUCCUACGACAUUGGCACGGCGAGAGGCGGUUUCCCGCGAGAGCGGAUAUGCUGCGCUCCGAGGCCGAGGAAGUGGCGAGACGCGCCGAGAGGGGCCUGCAGAAGAGACACUUUCACAUGAUGGGCCCCGAGCAAGGUCACUAUUACGAUGACCUGGCGAACAUCGCGGGCGUCGUACCGCUACCGUCCGUCCUGACGAAACUCCACAACGAGAGCAGCAUGCGCUUCCUGGACGACCUGGUGCAUUAUCGGCAGGACCGUUACAAGAUCCUCGACGACUACAAUUUCGUUCAGCUUUAACAUUAGAGAACGUUAGAAAUAGAAUCAUAUCUUUUAUAUUGUAUAAUGAGACUAGAUAUUUUUGAUGAAAUCUAUUUUUUUUUUUUUUUUUUUUUUAUAUUCAGGGAUACAUAAUUUAUGGAAAAAAUAUUCACGUCUGCUAUUGUUUAUGAAUAGAUUAAAAAAAUUUUUUUUUGCGUGUCUAGAAGUAUCCUUUUCUAGGCGUGAAUUGUGCGCCGUUUCAAACUACUUCUUUGUAUGUAUGUAAUUAAGAUGAUUAUUUCUCGGAAUGAGUAGUUAAAGAAUUUUCUUAUAAAUGAUAAGUAAAGUA